UUCAGAUUCCCGCCUCCUUAAAUCCAUGCCGAUCACUCACACAUCUCGCCUUUCAAAUCAAAAUCUCUCUCUCUCAUCUCUCUCUUUCUCCGUAACAAAUUAACAAACACUGAAGUUGAAGUUUCUUCUACUGCAAACCAGCGAAGAUGACCGCUACUCUUAAAGCUGAAGAGCAAAACCAGCUACAGCUGGUGGAGCGAGAAGAAAUGGAUGACGAAGACGAUUUGUUCGAAGCCAUCGACAAGUUGAUCAAUCAAGGUAUUAAUGCUGGAGAUGUCAAGAAGCUUCAAGAUGCAGGCAUUUACACUUGCAAUGGAUUGAUGAUGUUCACGAAGAAGAACUUGACAGGAAUCAAAGGAUUGUCUGAGGCUAAAGUUGACAAGAUUUGUGAAGCUGCCGAAAAGAUAGUGAAUUAUGGUUAUAUAACUGGAAGUGAUGCUCUGCUCAAAAGGAAGUCUGUGAUUCACAUCACAACUGGAAGCCAAGCCCUGGAUGAACUCUUAGGAGGUGGGGUUGAGACUUCGGCUAUCACAGAAGCUUUUGGGGAAUUCCGGUCCGGGAAGACACAGCUUGCUCAUACUCUUUGUGUCUCUACACAGCUUCCUACAAACAUGCAUGGUGGGAACGGAAAGGUUGCUUACAUUGAUACCGAAGGAACUUUUCGACCUGAUAGAAUUGUUCCAAUAGCUGAAAGAUUUGGAAUGGACCCAGGUGCUGUCCUUGACAAUGUAAAUCAUUAUGCCCGUGCAUAUACUUACGAGCAUCAAUACAACUUGCUUCUUGGUUUGGCUGCAAAAAUGUCUGAAGAGCCAUUCAGACUUCUGAUUGUCGAUUCAGUUAUUGCUCUCUUUCGGGUGGAUUUUACUGGAAGGGGAGAACUUGCAGAGCGUCAGCAAAAAUUGGCUCAGAUGCUUUCUCGGUUGAUAAAAAUAUCAGAGGAAUUUAAUGUUGCAGUCUACAUGACCAAUCAAGUCAUAGCAGACCCAGGUGGAGGAGUUUUCAUACCAGAUCCGAAAAAACCAGCCGGAGGGCAUGUGCUUGCUCAUGCAGCCACUAUCAGGUUGAUGUUCAGGAAAGGCAAAGGCGAACAACGGGUCUGUAAGGUGUUUGAUGCCCCAAAUUUGCCCGAGGCUGAAGCAGUAUUUCAGAUAACAGCUGGAGGCAUUGCAGAUGCAAAGGACUAACAAGAAAGGUCACUGCUAGAGGUGCUUCUGCGUAACUAUAGGAGUUAGUAGUAGAAUGUCGCCUUUCCUGCUAUCUACAUUUAUCUGUUGGAUUAAGCUUUCAUCUCUGUGCUCUACAUUUAUCCUGACCCCGUUGACCAUGUUUAACAAGAGAUUUACCAGCCUUUAUAAGUAAAAAAAGUGCCAAUGAUAACAUCCCACCUUUCUGGAUGUUGUUUUAAAUGUUUUUCA